UGGUCAGAGGUAGCCUGCAGCAUGUUGGUGAAGCUGACGACGCUGACGGUGCUGGUGCUGCUGGUGGCGCUGACAGCACACACGAUGGGUGAGGUGGAGGAGGCAACCAUAGCGCGAGUUGGUCACCAGGAAGGAGAAGGCCUCUACACCUGCCUCAGGCUACCAGGAGGUCACACACCUGACCCUGACCUCACCUUCACCACAACCUUCGUAUUCACCAACUUGGCUCUUCAGAUAGUGUGUCCUGGUGACCUGCACCCCGAGCCAGACACAACAGGAGAGGGGAUCAUCCACUGCUCCAUGCCGUGUGCCAGCACCCAGCCCUAUUACCUAAUGGACUUCUCAAUCUUUGUUGACGCGAGAGACGCUACUGAUUCAUCGGUUCUAUUAGCGUUCAGUAAUGGGCUCAGGUUCCAAAGUGUGGUGGUAGUGUCAAGCCAGCGAGGUGCCAGUGUGGUGGAGGCGGCCUGGACACCACAGCCCAACACAACCUACCAGGUUCAGUUGUGGCUCGAAUCCCAGCAGAAAGCUACCACUUUGCCACUUGUAGACGUCCCCUCAGGAGAGAAGUCUCCACACAGAGGAGCUGUGAGUGGCAGCUGGAAGCAGGAGCCUGGGGCACCAUGGGUACUGGAGACGUCUGGGGUAGUGUCGUGCCCGCAGCAACAAUGUCACUAUUACUUCACAGGCGUCCAGGCAGCAGCCACCUACGCCAGCGAGGUCAUCGAUGUGUCGCAGCUCGUACAGUACUCCUUCAGGACCAGCAAACACCUUCUUCAGUCACACUGGCAAAGUAUAUAUAUCUGGUCAGGUGUGAAGAUUGAAGGCGUGGAGAUAGAGAGUGUAGGAGAGGGGCCGGCGGGGGCCAGGCCAAAGAUCAUGACAGUGACUGUAGCGGCUGAGAAAGGCGCUGACGAAGAGACUGAGGAUGGGGCUGAUGACGGGUACACCGCCCUCGUUCUCAAUGGUCAUGACCGCAGCCAGGCUCUGGAGAGCAGCCCUGGAGACUGUCUUCCGCUCAGUAGCGGAUGUGUUGUCCGGGGCCUAGAGAGUCUCCAGGACCCAGAUAACGGCGGGCUGGCGACUGACCUCCAGCUCCUACUGACCCAAGAUGACCUGACCCUCUCGUCUCUCGUCUCCGUGGCUGACGUGCUGGUGGAGGUGAGAGAGGCAGGUCGUGGCACGGUGACGGUGGUGUGGCAGGAGACCAACGCUGCCUCAGUCUUCACCGUCAGCCUCCUGCCCCAGAUGGGAGCUCCACCCCCGCCAGCUACGGUGCACUGUGCGCAAACAGGUACAGAGUGCGAGGCGACCUUCAGUGACCUGGUGAAUGGUACGUACCUGGCCACGGUGAGUUACGAGGGUGAGGUGCCGACCUCAGUCACCACACAGUUCACGGUGGAGGACGGUGAUGUUAACAACGUGUGUUCGCUGCCCUUCCAAGACAUCGGGGGAGCGUGCUUGAUGGUGGAGACGCUGGGCUCGGGCACCUGGGCCGAGAUGAACAACUUUUGUCAUCAAGUAGGCGGCCAGCUGGUCAAGAUAGACGGUGGAGACGCCUUCUUCAGUAUCGUCACGUUUAUCAUCGACAAUGGUCUGAACCAUCAUACUUAUUGGAUAGGUGCCACCGACUUCCAAGCCGAAGAUGAUUUCCGAUGGCUGGACGGAAGUGUGGUGAAUCGUGGAACACCUUUCUGGGCCUAUUCUAAUGGGGUGCAGGAGCCCUCUGGCGGGUCCAACUCCAACUGUGUCAUUCUCGACAAAAACAGCUUCUUCUAUUUUGAUGAUGUUUCUUGCGACGCAAUACACACUGCAAUAUGUGAAGAGGUUUUCUGAGAGUUUUGAGCUACCCGCUACUACAUAUUUCUAAACUGCUUUCAUUAUUAUAUACGUAUAGCAGUCUUUUCCAUUAUACACUGUUAUUUCACAUUACAGCUAAAUUGUUUAUGAGUUGAUUUGUUUACUGAGCAUUUGUGGGUCCAUGAUUUUUUGAGAAUUUGCCUAACCAUUAACCAUUGCAAAGCAGUGGAAGGGCUCCUUGUCUGAUUAAAUUUGUGAUUCCCCUUGUAUACAAAGAAUUUGAGCACCUUUUAUGAUUAGUGUUAAAAUAUAUAAUUAAAAUGACUCCAAAAACAUGAACUGUUCAAGAAUUGGUUUUCUUGAAGAUGAAUAAUAUAUUAGAAUGUUUGGAUAUUGAAUUUAACCUUGGCAAAAUUUAGAGAUAAACAUUAUUUGCCUUAACCAGAAAUAAGGAAAUAUAAGGUACACGAGAGAAAUAAUAUACUGUACAAAUGCUUGGCAUGUUCAGCUUAGGAUAAGAGUUAAUGUACAGGUAAGAAAUUAUCAUUGACUUAUAAGCAACACAACUGAUACUGAGACGCACAGUGGCGGGAAGACUUGGUCUCCGGUGUUACAUCACCAUCAGGAAAUAAAAAUUUUAAGUGUA